UGUGACAAUGUAUAUUCAGUUUACAUGAGUGUUAUAACUGUCAAUCAGUCAACCUGGGGCGGCAGGUAGCCUAGUGGUUAGCGUGUUGGGCCAGUAACCGAAAGGUUGCUGGAUUGAAUCCCGAUCUGACAAGGUAAAAAUCUUUUGUUCUGCCCCAGAACAAUGCAGUCAUUGUAGGCUGUCAUUGUAAAUAAGAAUUUGUUCUUAACUGACUUGCCUAGUUAAAUAAAGUUUUUUUUUUAAAGAUACAAAAAGACAAACAUUUAACUAAUCAGUCAGCCCUAUCUGUCUUGACAGCUCCCUUCCUUUCUCUCGUUGUCCAAGUGCAUUCCUUUCUCCAAGAUGUCCAAGUGCAUUUGAAAGAGACUUAUUUAAAAGGGUAUAAAUGUUUCUUAGAAUGGAAAAGGUAAGACAUACCGUGCCAUUCAAGAGAACGGUCUUUGGAACAGUAUUUGUGCGUGCAUUAUCCCAAAUAACCACCAGGAGUAGCUAUCAGACAGUUAUUUGCAAGGGAAAUCGAAGUUGCUUCUCCACAUAUCCGGCGAAAGUGAGAAAGAUGGCUACAAAGAGAUUCCAAACCUGUCGUCUUUGAUUAAUGAUUGUCAUUCUGGAUGGAAUAUAGCGAUAGUAUCACCCCCUCAAAAAUACAUCGUGACGGAAAAUAACCUUGUCACAGAGGUGGUCAUAGUGGUAAGAGCUUGAAAGUCUCUCGUUUACAAUCUAAGUCCAUAGCAAGCUAGCUAACGUUAGUUGUGCUGCUAGCCUAGCCACACCGGCCAGCUGUCCUUCAAAUUCCUUGAUAGGGGUUUUUAAAACAGAAAAUGGUGACUCCAGUCAACAUCCAAAACCCCAGUAAGACGUGGGAGCUGAGCUUGUAUGAGCUGCACAGGAGCCCACAGGAGGCGAUCAUGGACAGCACAGAGAUAGCAGUGUCCCCCAGGAGCCUCCACAGUGAGCUGAUGUGCCCCAUCUGUCUGGACAUGCUGAAGAACACCAUGACCACCAAGGAGUGCCUGCACCGCUUCUGCUCCGACUGCAUCGUCACUGCACUCCGAUCAGGGAACAAGGAAUGCCCCACGUGCCGAAAGAAGCUGGUGUCGAGACGCUCAUUGCGCCGGGACUCCAACUUCGACGCCCUCAUCUCAAAGAUCUACCCCAGCCGGGACGAGUACGAGGCCCACCAGGAUCGGGUGCUGGAGAGACUCAACCGACUGCACAACAAUCGGAUACUCAGCUCCAGCAUCGAGGAGGGGCUACGCAUGCAGGCACUUCACAGAGCCCAGCGAGUGCGCAAACCGGCGCAGGAGAGUGACAACACAACCUUCAGUGGUGGCGAGGACAACGGGGACACACGGUCACACCUCUCCCACGACUCAGCUCCCUCCCAUGUGCACCUCCCCCCAAGCCACACCCCCCCUGAGGCCGGGCACACCCAGAACCCCAAGCGGCCCAGAGAAUCGGACGGGUCGGUCCCGGAGGUGGAUGGGGGCAGCCUCGCGCCACCAGUCCGCCGCAACAAAGAGAGCCCCGGCUCCGAGAUUGAGCUGGUGUUCCGCCCACAUCCCCUGCUGGUUAACACACAGGACUACAGCCAGACCAGAUAUGUGAAGACCACAGCCAAUGCAACAGUGGACCACCUGUCUAAAUACCUGGCUCUGCGUAUCGCUCUGGAGGACAGACAAAGAGACAGCCAAUCAGAUGCAGGGACAGAGAAAGAGGGGGGUGCUAAAGGAGGGGAAGCAGCAGCAGAAGGGGCCAGCCUGAAGAAUAUCAGUGAGAAACAAUACACCAUCUACAUUCCCACAUCAGGGGGCCAGUUCUCUACUCUCAACGGCUCCCUAACUCUGGAGCUGGUAAAUGAGAAGUACUGGAAGGUCAGAAAGCCUCUGGAGCUCUACUAUGCCCCCACCAAGGACCAACAGCCUCAACCAUCACAGCCAAAGUCCCCACAGCCCAAAGAGGCGUGAGAGCCCCCCCUCUUCAGCCUUUAAGAAAUGUGUGCUGUGUGUAGCUGCUUCGAAGGUAGUCAUUGGGAACAUUCCUUAAAUUGCCAGGCUCAACAUUGUUUUCCGUAGCUUCAAAUCAAAAGUUUAGAAUUCCUACAAAGCAGAUCUGAUUCAUUGUUGAUAGGUUUGACUUGGACUGGCACACACACCAGACAACAUACGUAGUCCGGCCGUAAGUAUUCAUGCUUCGCAUUGCACCAAAACGGUUGAUACAUUUCAGAACCGUGUGAUUUUUCAUUGUUAGAUUAACCUU